UAUCUUCGCGAACGAGUGCGACGAUUCACCUCGAUCGAGUACGCACAAGUUUUCUGGCUGCGACGUACGUCCGCCGCGAGGCAUCCGUGCGUGCAUUUCAAGAGCGAUGCAUAGGUCAAUUUAUUUGAUCCUUUGAUUAUCGUGGACUGUUGCACAUAUAUCUGCCGGAGCGACCCGCAAAGGAAAAUCUCUUCCCUUCGUAUGAAAAGACUCCAUAAAAGCAAUUCGGCAUGAAUUUAUUACGGAGCUCUCGAGCAACGCAAUUCGUUGUAUUAAUCUCACUGAUCAUUAUCAACGCACGAUCUUGCGUCGCUGAAUCGAGUGGCGAAUAUCUUCAGAAGGCGAUGAUUGAGCUUCAGGAAUUAAAUGUGCCUUCAAAUAGUCUAACGAUGUACGAUCGAUUGUCGUCGAUGAACCUAGGUUAUCAGCAGGGCUAUCAUGAUUACAACAGGCAUCGCAAGAUCAGUAUCAACAAUGUCCAUCAAGGCGUGCAAAAGACAAUUGCAGAUGUGCCUGUCGAACCCGCGGGCAGCAUUAUACAGCAUUACGCAGUACGCGACUCCACCGCUGUGACUAGUCACCCGAAGAUGAAACAACCGGAGCCGCUGGCGUUCACACGAGCGGAAUUGGCCGCAUUAUACAAAAAGGCCUUGGAAAAAGGGUCAGCGAUCAGCGUAGCGUCGUUGAUGCAUACUCUUAAUGCCGCGGGCGGCAAUGGCAACGGCAACACGCCGUCCGAGACUGGUCAUCCGCAGCUACCGGUCAAACCAAUGUACAACUAUUACUUCUUCCCAUUGAAAAGUUUCGCGUCUGAGCUGCAGAGAGAUCAUCACCAAGCCGCGGUAAGCGAAAGUCACGGAUCCGUUGCGCCAUCCGUUAGGAGCGAGAUUUUUCCCGGCGCAGCAAUCCGGUGUAACCAGAUUUUACGCAAGUGUAUUAGUAUGUCCGCUAAUUUGAUUUAUACCGACAUAAUGCUAAUACACAAGAUCAACGUAGCUGUGAGUGAACUUGUGCGACGCGAAACAUACCUAUUGCUUAGAUUUAUUUUUUCACAAAAUAUUACAAAUACUUAAGGAAGUCUCAUACAUUAAAAA